UCGUCCUCUUGCCAUUUUGUUUUUGUAUUAUGCUAAAGAAGACAAAGUAAAACAUCUCGGCUUGCAUCACCUAGCGGUGGAAAUAAGAAAGACACGCGGGCCCUUUGCGACAGACUCGACUGCUGGGACGACCUGUCCACAAGGGGUUUCAGGAGAAAGGAGUGAAUGUGACGAUGGAACAGGAGACUACUUCUGGAAAUGCUCCGCAGAAGAAACCAUUUUGUCUCAUAGUGCUUCGUAUGGCGGUGUCUGGAAAAAAAACUGUUGUGCAGCGACUCACUGCCCAUCUUCACACCACGAAGUCUCUUCCAUAUAUUAUCAACCUAGACCCUGCCGUGCACGAAGUCCCUUUCCCUACCAACAUCGAUAUCUGUGACACAGUGAAUUACAAAGAAGUCAUGGAGCAAUAUGGCCUGGGUCCCAAGGAUGAAUGGUCACGUCAUUGAAUCUCUUCGCUACAAGAUUGGAUCAGGACACCCACAGGCCUCACAAGACCCGUCUGACCCCGGUACCAGUUGAAGAAAAUGAAUAAACGGAUGCUAAGAGCAGGAAGCUACAGGAGCAGAUUGAGCAUUUACAGAAAGACAUGGGGGCUGUUGCCAUGGAGAUGACCCCACAAACAGAGGAAGCUGCUGUGUUGGCCACAGUGACCUCCUCUUCAACCGUGGGAACCCGUAUGAGGAGGGGGAGGACGGCUACAUGGAUGACAUCGAUCACGGCACUCUCCAGCCAAUCAGUGGCCUGGAUUCCUCUGGGCCAAUGGGAUGGCUAGGAGGUGAUGUCAUGCAGCAAUAGCUGGUUGUGGUGCUGAUGCUGCUGAGAGCACAGCCCAAACAGUAGAGAAAGAGAGAAGGAAAAAAGCAAGAUAAAGACAUAGGAGAGUACCAUCAGCAUUGCUCAGCACAGGAAAUAUCUGAUUCACCACAGUCUCUUUAGAAGAAAAACAAGAGGCAGAAUGACUCUUGCAGGUACUGUGUGUGUGUGUGCUCGUGUGUGAGUGAGAGAGAUAGAGAGAGACUAAUGCUGAUCUCACUUAAUAUUCUCUCCCCUGCAGCAUACAGAGACAAGAUGCGGGAGCUCCCUCUAGCGUCCAUCUUCUGUUCCUGCAUCCUACAUGAACCCAAAGAAAAGCCCACCAAGAAAGAAGGUGUGGUGGACCUGAACCUGUGCAUCAUCAGGGAUAUGGAGGUGAUUGAGCUGAACAAGAGAAGGUCCGGCCAGGCCUUCGAGGUCAUCCUGAAGCCACCCUCAUUCGACGGGGGUCCGAACACCCUCGCCAUCACACCCCCACGCAGGGAGCCCUCCCUGGAGGAGAUCCAGAGGAAGCUGGACGCAGCGGAGGAGAGGAGAAAGUGCCAGGAGGCUGAGCUGCUGAAGCACUUGGCAGAAAAGAGGGAACAUGAGCGCGAGGUGGCCCAGAAGGCCCUGGAGGAACACAACAGCUUCAUCCGGCUGGCCAAGGAGCGGCUGGAGCUGCGCAUGGAGCACAACAAGGAGAAGCGGGAGGCACACCUGGCCGCCAUGCUGGAACGCCUGCAGGAGAAGGACAAGCACGCUGUGGAGGUGAGGAAAAACAGAGAGCACAAGGAGGAGAGCGGGUAGAGAGAGAGAUGGAGAGAGAGCGUGGGGCCUCUGUUUUGUUGAGUGAGAAAAGGAGAGAAGAGAAAAUACAACAACAAAAACGACAGUUUCUUAAAAUGGAAAUGGGAUUUGUUUGACAGAUGAGAAUUCACAGUGAUGGAAUAGGAGGUGUGCAUACAAUCUUUUUGUGCUUAUAAGUCAACAAAAGCAAAAAAUGGAAGUUAGUUAUUUUCAGAGCAGGCAGAGGUGGUUUCCUCAGAGCAAUGGUGGAGAGACAGAAAAUCAAGUUGUAGUUUUGUAGUGCCCUUGAGUGUAGCGGAGUAUAACAGCGUUAUGCACAAUUUAUAAACCACACUGAGUGGAUAUUGGCACAUUUUGUAGGCUUGGCAUUUAUAAUAGACCAUGAACCCAGGACUUCCUGGAAAACAGUGGAAAUUGUAACUUGGUGGACUAUCCUGGCUAAAUAAAAUUAAAAUAAAAUACAAUUAAUACAUAAUUAUUUGCAAGAAAUUGAAAUAUAUUCUGGUCAAUAAAAUCACUGACACACAUACUUAAAUUUAAAGCAUUCUACACAUCAUACUGGAUCUUACUUUUCACCACUUUUUGGCAUGUCAGUUUAUGUACAUAAAUAGGUGAGUAGUCUAAUGUUGAUAUGUUGUACAGAUGUAGGAUCUUAAUUUGAUCACUCUUUUGUUGCUGAGAAUUUACAUUAAAAUAAGGGUUUUUAAGGAGAAUAUUCUCUCUCUGCAGUAGUGAAAGAUAUAGGCAUGGUAUGGAAUAAAUAUAUGAAUUAACUCAGCUGACUUGCAUAAUACAGUACUAGGAGCAGAAAAACAAGUUAUUGCCUCUGACAUUUUUCUUAGAGGUUGAUAUUUUAGUUAACUAAAACUCCUAGUAAUGUAUUACGCAAGCUAAAACAUGCUGAAAUGCAAACUUGAGAUGUAUUAGAGUUUUAAAAAGAUUCUACAUUUUGUAAUUUUCACUUUGAAAUGUCAGACUUGAUUUGUCCUAAUGAAAAAUGUAUCAACCCCCACAAAAUCUCUAUGCAUUAUAAUCACAUGAAUUAUAAUCACAUUUCCUGUUGCUGCAGGAUUAUUUUCCUGUUGUGGCAAACUAAGAUCCUACAUCUGUACUGCUAGUUUCUUUGUAUUUUUUUAGACAUAGUAGUUGUGAUUAGUCGUAGAAUAGACUGUUGCACGUAUAUGUACUACUUACAGAUGUAUGUGAUAUGUCACUCAAUAUCAAUUAAAAAAGUAAAAGUCAGUAUAAGAGAUCCUUGUUGUUUGUAUGCUUACUUACACUAGUCAGGUGUGUGCGCACGCUUGUGUCUUAGCUAACUGCCCUAUCUCUGAACUCUGUGUUGUAGGUGUCAUGACGGCCUGAUCACAACACAAGCUGAACUUAUUUUGGAAGCCAUUUUGGGAGGCCAUUCGCCAGCCUGUAGCCCUCUGGGUUCAGUUGUUUGGAGAAAAGACUCUGAGACUAUGAGAUUUUAAUGAUGACACGUGAGAGGUGGUCAAGUCAACGACUGAAGAGGAAUGUUUUAGGAUCUGACCAGUACAACAAAAAAGAUUGAGCUGAAACAGAGUUCGGCUCAGGAUUCUCACUAAUGUGCCGACAGUGCCAUUGGUGUGUGUGUGGAGUUUGUGGUUGGAGGGCCGGGGGAAGUGGGGGCAUGUGCGUGAGCGUGAGUGUAAGUAUGAGCAUGAGCCAGAGUGUUUAUACUUCAGUAAAACCACUUUGAUAUCACACAUUGUGCUUUGAGCUCACACCUUCAAGCAAGGUUUUAACUCAAAUGUCAUUAAUGUGUUUGGUUUGUAAACUUGAGUCUGUCUGAGCCAACAUCAUUGUAACUCUACUGAGAUCAACAGAGGUCAGGGUAUGAUGUGGUUGUUUGUUACUGUACAGAAAUUGUGCUCCAUUUUAGAUGACAAAAAGGAAUAAAAAGUUGUUUUGAA